CCAGGGCUGGGAGGAGAUCGCGAAGGCGCGUGGUGGUGGUGGUGUGGGCGGCUAUCCAUUUCGGAAUCCCACCGGGAAGGAGAGCCUCGAGUGGUGGACGCCGCCCCCGCCUCCCCAGUGCCAGAGGGUUGAGGGAGGGGGUGAGAAAGAAAAAAGAGAGAGAGAGAGGCAGGCAGGCACCCACCUACCCUCCUCCCUGCCCCCGCCCCGCGCAGCUGGAGGGCCAUGCUAGGGAAGAGGCCACGCUUCCCAAACUUCCUGCCCCGCUCGCUCGGCCAACGGGUGCCAAGAGCUGCCGCCGCGACCGCAGCCGAGCGAGCGCUUCCUCAGCCAGGGGACCGCAGGAGCCGCCGCCGCCGCAGCUCCCGGGGGAGGACUUGAGCGCUCUCGCCUUGCUUCUACCUCGCGGAGCGCGCGCGCGCGCCCCAGCGAGAUGAGCGGGCCUCGAGAGAAGGCGCCCGAGGCUGCGCCCCAAAGCGGUGGCCGCUGCGCCGGGGGCGUCGGUAGGGGCCCCGUUAUCCUCUCGCUGCUCUUCUCGCUCCUCUCGGUGGGCGCCUGCUUUCUCCUCAGCGCCAAGACCUCCAAGCUGCAAGGGCGGCUGGUGGCCCUGGAAGAAGAAUUGGCCAGCCGCGCCUGGAGCCCCGGAGAGCAGCUGGGCGCCGCGCCUUUGCUCGCCGCGCUUCAGCCUCAGGUGGACGACCUUCUCCGGGAGAAACUGAAUGAAGGAUUAGCCAAACUACGUACAGCAAGAGAAGUAUCCUCUGAAUGUCAUUGCCCACCAGGUCCACCAGGAAGAAGAGGGAAACCUGGACGACGGGGAGAACCAGGUCCUCCAGUAAGUAACAUUGACAUUACUCUUGGCCACGAGUCAACAAAGUUAAGGCAUUUAUUUUCCUUUCUGUCUCAUUUCACAAGAACAGGCCUUUCAGUAGAGGGGCAGUCAGGACGAGAUGGUUACCCGGGGCCUCUUGGAUUGGAUGGAAAGCCAGGACCUCCAGGAGCAAAAGGAGAUAAGGGUGAACAAGGAGACAUUGGCCCACGGAUGGCUUUUCCUCGCCUCAGUCAUGGAUUUCUCUCUGACCAGCAUAUUUUUAGCAGACGUAUCCUUAAGGGAGACCAAGGUAAAGAUGGUGCUGCUGGCCCACCUGGGCCUCCUGGACAGCCGGGUUCAAGAGGGCCCCCUGGAGACACAGGAAAAGAUGGCCCAAAGGGACCGCAAGGUCUUCCUGGUGAGAAAGGAGAAGCUGGUGUCAUGGGUGAACCUGGUAUUCCAGGAACAAAAGGUGAUGCUGGGACUUCAGGAGAACCAGGAGUUCAAGGACCAAAGGGAGAGCCAGGAACUUCUGGGCCACAAGGAGAGAAUGGUGUUCAGGGGCUGCCAGGGUCAAAGGGAGAACCAGGAAGUAUUGGCGAAAAAGGAGAAAAAGGCAUAGAUGGGCUACCUGGGCCGAAGGGUGAGCCUGGUGAGAAGGGAGCAGAUGGAUAUAUCGGGCCAAGGGGACCUCCAGGCCUGAAAGGAGAACAGGGUGAUACAGUAGUAAUUGACUAUGAUGGUAGGAUCUUGGAAGCUCUCAAGGCUGUGGGGAAACCCAAACUGACGGGGCCACCAGGGCCUCAAGGGGUUCAAGGGGAACCAGGGCCUCAAGGCGCUCCAGGACCAAAGGGGGAGCUUGGUUUGCCUGGUCCACCUGGAAUUGAUGGAGAGAGGGGAUUGAAAGGGUCAAAGGGAGAUCAAGGAAGCUCUGGACUAGAAGGACAGAAGGGAGAGAUUGGAGAAGUGGGCAUGAUUGGUUUACCUGGUCCCAAAGGAUCAAAAGGAGAGCAAGGAAACCCUGGAGUAAUGGGACAGAAAGGAGAGAUAGGAGAAAUGGGCUUAUCUGGUCCACCGGGUAUUGAUGGACCUAAAGGAGAACCUGGGACACCCUGCGAGCAAAACCUUAUCAUACCUGAACCAGGGCCUCCUGGUGUACCAGGUCUACCAGGUCCACCAGGUCCUAUGGGUCCUCAAGGAAUACAAGGACAUAAGGGCCCUCAAGGAAGUCAAGGACAAAAGGGCUCAGAAGGUUCAAAGGGUUCAAAAGGUGAAAGUGGCCAUAAAGGUGAAAAAGGACCCCUUGGGCCACAUGGUCCUCCUGGCACUCCUGGACUUAUUGGUUUACCAGGUACCAAAGGGGAGAAGGGAAAGCCAGGGGAACCAGGAUUAGAUGGUUUCCCUGGCCUCCGAGGAGAAAAAGGAGAAAAAAGUGAAAGAGGAGAAAAGGGAGAAAGAGGAUUGCCGGGCAGAAAAGGAGCAAAGGGACAAAAAGGAGAACCAGGCCCUCCUGGAUUAGAUCAGCCUUGCCCAGUGUUCAUUUUUAAAGGCGAGCCAGGUUUACCAGAACUGAAUGGUGUGGAAAUGCUCUGUCCUUUGGGUCCAGAUGGAUUACCGGUACCAGGAUGUUGGCACAAGACACAGGCAGAAAAGGGAGAGAAAACGAAAAAGAAAAAAAAGACUCAGCCCUAGAAAUUGAACAAACCUUGUGGAUGAACGGAGGAAGAAUUCCCAAUCUGGAAAGGUAACACAACUAUAGCCACACUUGUUGCUACU